AUGGCAGAACUCCAAAAGUCACUUGUGAUUAAGCUUCAUAGGGAUGGUGCAAAACGUUCAAGAAUAGUCCAAGAAGAGUGCCAACAAUUGGAGAUCGCUGAUUUUCGUUACAAGAAAAUGAGAAACGAGGCUUCUGAAAUUUCUCCACCAAUGAAAAUGAGUAGAACAACUGAACACCCACCAACAAAAUCUUUCAUCAAAGAAAACUCCAGAAGAAUGUCAAGAACUGUUUCCCAAGGUUGUGAGUGGAAGAAGGAUGGUGCAGAGUGCAAGAAAGAGAAUAAUCAAAGGGCAGAUAACAUGGACAGAUACAAAAGGAUGCAAUGUUGGGUGAUCUUGAAGAGGUUGGUGGUAGGAAGAGAUGGUUGGGCUUUCAAACAACCUCUUGAUGUUAAAUUCUUGGAGUUUCCUGAUAACCCAAAGGUUGUAUCCAAGCCAACAGGUUUGAAGGAUAUUGAGUGCAAGUUGAACAAUUGUUUGUAUGACAGACCUGAAGAAUUUGCAGAUGAUAUGAGGCUUGUAUUCUCUUAUGCAUUGCUAUACCCUUCGAGGAGUGAGAUUCAUAGAAUUGCGAUGAAGGUUAGUGAGAAUUUUGAGAGCGGUUGGAAAUCUUUGAAGAAAAAAUGGAUACGUGAGGAAAAAAAAGUAUGUCCAAAGGUUGAUAGAGAAGCUGCAUACGUUUGA